UUCCUGCUCACUACUGCGCAGGACUGGUCCCGAAAUCGCUACUGCGCAGACUCAAGACCCAAGAUGUCAGCGCCGUAUCGGGAAACUGGCGGGUUCACUUUUCACCAAUUCCAGCCUGGUUGGCUUUCAAAGAUGGGAGAUGUAGCAGAAAUCCACAUAACACCGGAAACUCCGGGAAGACCAGCUAUUUUAAAUCCGUUUGAGAGCCCAAACGACUAUCACCGCCUGCAUGAACCUCUUGUUCCCAGCCCGUCUGUGUUCAAAAGAUCCAGGAGUUCAUUAGCAACACCAGCAAAGUUUAAGUGGUCCAUUGAUGAAAUGGCAAAUUUACUUCCAGUGGAAAUAGACCCAGAGGAUAUUCACCGGCAGACUGUUUUUCUAAGCCAAGCCAGGUCAGAUGCUGAAAUUGAGGAAAAACGACAGAAUGCCAUUGAACAGUUUUUUACUAAAGGUGUCAUUGUUCCUUCACCAUGGGGACCCCCAACAGCUAAACAGUCAUUGCAAUAUCAUAAAAGUAAACACUACAGGACAGAGGAGUUAACAGAGCAGGUGCAAGAAAGCCUUAGCUCCUCUUCUUUGCGGCGAAAGUUGUUUCUUGAUGGCCUCGACAGCGGCUCUGAAUCAUCUACACCUUCUAGCCCAGACAGGAAUUCCCACAAUGUUCCUUCCAGAAAUCAAGAGAUGAUGUCUUCAGUUAUUGUCUCUCCGCUUCAGAGUGGCAUUUCAACAGGGACACCCUUGUCUGGCCAGUUUUCAUCCAGUCCUAUUCAAGGCCUGUGUCGAGCAUAUAGUCUGGGCAGUGGUGCUAGUCCCAUGUUUUCAGAGAGGUCAUCACCUGCUUUCAAGUCUCCUAUUCUUUCUCCUAUCAUACUUAACCUUCAGCAUUCUGUGACACCUUUAUCAGGUGAAAGGAAAAAGUUAUCGUUUCUGUCCCCCGUAAAUGGUCCUAUGGGAAGCUCAGAUCUGAAUAUAAAUCAGUGUGGAGAAAGCCCAUACGUGGAAGGCUGUUCUCCUAUUCGCAGCUGCUCCCCCCUUCAAUCUCAACGUAGAAACGGAGGCUGCAUGUGGGCCUCACCUACCCUUAUUUCUCCUAUCCUCCACCCAACCCUACAGGACAAGCAGAAUGUCCAUCCUAAUGAAGCUUUGCCUACAUCUUUGGACCUAGACAUCAGUUUAGCAGGGCAUCAUGAUUACAGAAAAGGGCUUCAAGCUUUGGUGAGUGAGUGUAACACUUCUCUGGCUGUCUCAGUGCAUAUGGAUCAAGAUGAGCUGGUGGUAAAGAAAAUUGGAGCAAUUUUUGAGAUUGAUAGGAAAAGUGAAGAUGAGGAGGAUAUAAACAGUAGAAGUGGAGAGGAUUUCUGUGGGUGGAUUCCUGAAGAGGAAACUGCAUCACCAGUCAGACUGACCAGCUCUCGGAGAGGCAACAUGCCUAAUGCUGAGAGCACGCAUAUGUUUGUAUCCCUGCUAGCAGAAGGGAACGUCUCACCAUAUGACGUUAGCAUGCAGGUGGAUAGUGGUUAUAACUCUCAUUCAGUGUGCACCACCAGCUUAAUGGACACCCUCAGUUCAGACAGCCAGAGUAAGGAAAUUCUGAACACGCACACUGCUGACGAAGGUCUAUUUUACCCUAGAUACACUAAACCAAAGUUCUUUCCACCGCAGUGAGCAUGAAGUACAAAUCAGGACUUUGCACAUUUUUUAUCCUACUCCAACUCUGGGAAGACAUGUAAAAUACAUCAAUCAAGCUGUAAAAUACUCAUCAUCUCAGAGGAAGUUUUUGAAAAUAGUAGUAUUCUUGUGUUGGAGCAUUGUUUAAGUUUUUUUGUUAUAUAUAAUUGAACUAUUUAGAGAAUUAUGUAU